AUGAAAAAGCACGAAAAUCUCUCGCGUUCGGAACGAUGAGCAAGUUUGGGCCUCUUCGGCCACCGCACGCUUCAAUAUGGCUGCCCCCAGAGAGAGGCCGGGCUAGCGUGAAGUUGGAGCGUAGACAGCUCAAAUGCUACACCGUAUGGAUCAUAACGCAGAAUUUGGGAGGUGGAAGGCGCAGUGUUUAAGCAGAGCGGACCUCAGCCGGAAGGGCAGUGUGGACGAGGACGUGGUAGAGCUCGUGCAGCUCCUGAACGCGCGAGAACAGUUUUUCACCACUAGCUCCUGCGCGGGCCGCAUCGUCCUCCUCGAUGGGGAUAUAAAUGGUUUUGCAGUUCAAAAACAAAACCGUUGCUGGCUCCUGGUCACACACAAACCUUGUGUAAAAGACGAUGUGAUCCUAGCUCUGAAGAAGGCAAACGGUGAUGCUGUUUUGAAAUUUGAACCAUUUGUUCUUCAUGUGCAAUGUCGACAGUUGCAGGAUGCACAAAUUCUGCAUUCAGUGGCAAUAGAUUCUGGUUUCAGGAACUCUGGCAUAACAGUAGGAAAGAGAGGCAAGACUAUGUUGGCUGUUCGGAGUACACAUGGCUUGGAAGUUCCAUUAAGCCAUAAGGGAAAACUGAUGGUGACAGAGGAAUAUAUUGAAUUCUUGUUAAAUAUAGCAAAUCAAAAAAUGGAAGAAAACAAGAAGAGAAUUGAAAGGUUUUACAACUGCCUUCAACAUGCUUUAGAAAGGGAAACUACUACUAACUCUCCUGUUAAGAUCAAAGAGAAAAAUAACCGACCAUAUACUCAUAAGAAAAAAAGAAAGCCAGAAAAAGCUCAUGGCGAGUGUAUUAAUGGAGAAUAUGAUAAAGAUCUUGAAAAUGACGAAGAUGACAAUCCAGGAAUCGGUGUUACUAUCUUCCCCAAAGAUUACUAAGAUUUGGUUCUGAAGAGUUUUGUUAGAUUAUAUAAUGUUGCUAAGACAUUUGCUGAAGCUGCUCUUUAUAAGAGUAUUUUAGUUUGUUGAGUGUGUCAGCCAUUCAGAAAAGCAAGAUUUAACUUCUCUGUUUUAGAGAAGCCCGUCUUAUAAACAUAGAUGGCUUUUAAAAAUAGCUUUGUGUAGUAUUUGCUCAUUAAAUGCCACCUUUUUUAGUCACAGAGAUUCAUUGCAAAAAAUAAAAUUAUGAUUUUUAGUGCCUUUUUUGUUUCUGUUUCUACUUCUGUGAAACAAGACAAACAAGUAUAAUACCCUAUUUAAAGUCCUUAACAUCCGAGAUACUUGAUUAAAGGUCACAGUAACAUUUUAAUUAUUUCUACAUUUGAAACUGCCAGCCUUUAAAGUUUUUAGGGUCAGAGUUUGAUUCUGUUGCAUGGAGUUCAAUGACAAUUUUUUUCUUCCUUUUGAUCUUGGAGGUAAAAUAAUCGAUGCCCUUUCUGUUCAGGACGAAAUACCUGAACUUUCUUUUCUCAUUAUUUCUCACAAAUCAGAGCUUGCCACUGUCACCAUUUCUUUGAAACACGUGGGCAUCGUUUUUCACUAAGCCUGAUUAGAAUGAGAACUGACUCAGUCAUCCUAAUAGAACAGAUGUGCGGCGAAAAACUGCAAAGAUCAGAAGCCUUGGGUUUGUAUUCUUACUGCCACUCAGAAGUUGGAGAUAUCUGAGCAAAUCACUUAAUUUUCAAAGGCUUCCGUUUCUACUGCAUUAUAGCAGUACUAACAGUUCUAAUGUACUCUGUUUACACCAUAGGCAUGUUGCCAGGAUUGAGCUUAAAAAUGUGAAAGCAUUUACUAAUAGGCUAUUAUGCAUAUAUGGUACUAUUUAAUUUCAUUAUAA